UAGGAAGCCGGAAGCAGCCGCGGCUCCAGCUCGGGAGACAUGGCGGGCAUUAAAGGUGAAAAAUCAGAUUUAAAGAGGCUCAGCUUCAACCUAAGGUCACACAAUCUGUUCAUGGCAGAGAAGGUUUGAACCCGUGUUGCUCUUGUGUUAUUAUCCUUCAGCGGAGCUAUUGGACUGACUUUUCUUAUGCUGGGAUGUGCCUUAGAGGAUUAUGGGUGUACUUCCCUGAAGUAAGAUGACUUGUAAAAAAUUCUAUGUGGCUUUGUUACAUUGGGAAUUUAUUUAUGUGAUAACGGCGUUUAACUUGGCAUAUCCAAUUACUCCCUGGAGAUUUAAAUUGUUUUGCAUGCCACCAAAUACAACAUAUGACUUCCUCUUGCCUGCUGGAAUCUCAAAGAAUACUUCAAAUUUGAAUGGACAUUAUGAGGCAGUUGUCGAAGCUAAAUUUAAUUCAAGUGGUACCUACUUUUCUAACUUAUCAUUCAAAACAACUUUCCCUUGUUGCUUUUGGAGUGAACAAGAUAAAAACUGCUCUGUACAUGCAGACAACAUUGACGAGAAGGCAUUUGUUUCAACAGUAAAUUCUUUAGUUUUUCAACAAAUAGGGGCAAACUGGAACAUACAGUGCUGGAUGAAAGAGGACUUGAAAUUAUUCAUCUGUUACAUGGAAUCAUUAUUUAAGAAUUCUGUCAAGAAUUAUGACCUUAAGGUCCAUCUUUUAUAUGUUCUGCCUGAAGUGUUAGAAGAGUCACCUCUGGUCCCCCAGAAAGGCAGUUUUCAGCUUGUUCAGUGCAACUGCAGUGUUCGUGAAUGUUGUGAAUGUCAUGUGCCUGUGCCAAAAGCCAAACUCAACUAUACUCUUUUUAUAUAUUUGAAAAUCACAUAUGGUGGAGUAGUUUUUCAGUCACCUCUAAUGUCCGUUCAGCCCAUAAAUAUUGUGAAGCCUGAUCCACCGUUAGGUUUGCAUAUGGAAAUCACAGACAGUGGUAAUUUGAAGGUUUCAUGGUCCAGCCCAACUUUGGUACCAUUUCAACUUCAAUAUCAAGUGAAAUAUUCAGAGAAUUCUACAACAAGUAUGAGAAAAACCGAUGAAAUUGUCUCAGCUACAUCUCUGCUACUAGACAGUGUGCUUCCUGGGUCUUCAUAUGAGGUUCAGGUGAGGGGCAAGAGACUGGAUGGCCCAGGAAUCUGGAGUGACUGGAGCACCCCUCUUAUUUUUACCACACAAGAUGUCAUAUACUAUCCACCUAAAAUUCUGACAAGCGUUGGGUCCAACAUUUCUUUUCACUGCAUCUACAAAAAUGAAAACAAAAUUGUUUCCUCAAAAAAGAUUGUUUGGUGGAUGAAUUUAGCUGAGAAGAUUCCUGAAAGCCAGUAUAAUGUUAUAGAUGACCAUGUUAGCAAAGUUACUUUUCCCAAUUUGAAUGCAACCAAACCUCGAGGGAAGUUCACCUAUGAUGCAGUGUACUGCUGCAAUGAGUAUGAGUGCCACCAUCGCUAUGCUGAAUUAUAUGUGAUUGAUGUCAAUAUCAAUAUAUCAUGUGAAACUGAUGGCUACUUAACUAAAAUGACUUGCAGAUGGUCAACCAAUGCAAUCCAAUCACUUGUGGGAAGUACUUUGCAGUUGAGAUAUCAUAGGAGCAGACUUUACUGUUCUGAUGUUCCAUCUAUUCAUGCCAUAUCCGAACCCAAAGAUUGCCAUUUGCAGAGAGAUGGUUUUUAUGAAUGCAUAUUUCACCCAAUCUUUCUAUUAUCUGGCUACACAAUGUGGAUUAGGAUCAAUCACUCUUUGGGUUCACUUGAUUCUAUCCCCACAUGUGUCGUUCCUGAUUCUGUGGUGAAACCACUGCCUCCAUCUAGAGUCAAAGCAGAAUUUACUGUAAAACUUGGAUUAUUGAAAAUAUCUUGGGAAAAGCCACUUUUUCCAGAGAAUAAUCUUCAGUUCCAGAUUCGUUAUGGUUUAAGUAGAAACGAAGUACAAUGGAAGAUGUAUGAGGUGUAUGAUGCCAAAUCAAAAUCUGCCAGCCUCCCCGUGCCAGACCUGUGUGCAGUCUAUGCUGCUCAGGUGCGCUGUAAGAGGCUGGAUGGACUGGGAUAUUGGAGUAAUUGGAGUAUUCCAGCUUACACAGUUGUCAUGGAUAUAAAUGUUCCUGUCAGAGGACCUGAAGUUUGGAGAAUAAUUGAUGAAGACACCACUAAAAAAGAGAGAAAUGUCACUUUACUUUGGAAGCCCCUGAUGAAAAAUGACUCAUUGUGCAGUGUGAGAAGAUACAUGGUAAAACAUCAUACUUCCCGAAAUGGAACAUGGUCAGAAGAUGUAGGAAAUCACACUAAAUUCACUUUCCUGUGGACAGAGCAAGCACAUACUGUUACAGUUCUGGCCGUCAAUUCAAUUGGUGCCUCUUUUGCAAACUUUAAUUUAACAUUCUCAUGGCCUAUGAGCAAAGUAAAUAUUGUGCAGUCACUCAGUGCUUAUCCUUUAAACAGCAGUUGUGUGAUUCUUUCCUGGACGUUAUCACCCAGUGAUUACAAUCUGAUGUAUUUUAUUCUUGAGUGGAAAAUUCUUAAUGAAGACAAUGAAAUUAAAUGGCUUAGAAUCCCUUCCUCUGUUAAGAAGUAUUAUGUCCAUGAUUAUUUUAUUCCCAUUGAGAAGUAUCAGUUCAGUCUUCACCCAAUAUUUAUGGAAGGAGUGGGGAAACCGAAGAUAAUCAAUAGUUUUGCCCGAGAUGAUAUUGGAAAACACCAGAAUGAUGCAGGUCUAUAUAUAAUUGUGCCAAUAAUUAUUUCCUCCUCAAUCUUGUUGCUUGGAACAUUGUUAAUGUCACAUCAAAGAAUGAAAAAGCUGUUUUGGGAAGAUGUUCCAAACCCCAAGAAUUGUUCCUGGGCACAAGGACUUAAUUUUCAGAAGCCAGAAACAUUUGAGCAUCUUUUUAUCAAGCAUACAGAAUCAGUGACAUUUGGCCCUCUUCUUUUGGAGCCUGAAACCAUUUCAGAAGAUAUCAGUGUUGAUACAUCAUGGAAAAAUAAAGAUGAGAAGGUGCCAACAGCUAUGGUCUCUCUACUUUUCACAACUCCAGAUCUUGAAAAAAGUUCUAUUUGUAUUAAUGACGAAUGCAAUAGUGCUAACUUCUCUGAGGCUGAGAGCACCAAGGUAACCUGUGAGAAUGAAAGCAGGAGACAAUCCUCUGUUAAAUAUGCCACCCUGCUCAGCAACUCUAAAUCAGGUGAAACUGAUGAAGAGCAAGGGCUUAUAAAUAGCUCAGUGAGCAAAUGCUUCUCUGACAAAAAUUUUCUAUCAAAGGAUUCUUUCUCAAAUAGCUCAUGGGAGUUAGAAACACAGGCACUUUUUAUGUUAUCAGAUCAGCAUUCCAAUAUAAUUUCACCACACCUUACAUUCUCAGAAGAAUUGGAUAAACUUUUGAAACUUGAGGGAAAUUUUCUUGAAGAAAAUAAUGAUGAAAAAACUGUCUAUUAUUUAGGGGUCACCUCAAUCAAAAAAAGAGAAAGUGCUGUGUUUUUGACUGAUGAAUCAAGGGUGUUAUGCCCAUUUCCCACCCACUGUUUAUUUACUGACCUCAGAAUCCUCCAGGACAGUUGCUCACACCUUGUAGAAAAUAACUUCAAUGUAGGAACCUCUGGUCAAAAGACUUUUAUAUCUUACAUGCCUCAGUUUCAGACUUGUUCCACUCAAACUCAGAAGAUAAUGGAAAAUAAGAUGUGUGAUCUAACAGUCUAAUUUUAAUCAAGAAACAGCUCAGAUUAUGUUAUAAUGAGUCAUAAAAUGUGUAAUAUGUUCCAUUAUAGAUGUGGAUAAGAGAGAGAAAAGAAAAUGGUCUGAGUCAAAUUCGAAAUUUUAAAUUCUAAAAUUAAUGGUUAUCUGUUUGUCUUCACUCAGUAAUAUACACACAAAAAAUGUGAGAAAGCCGUCAUGAGCCUAGCAAUGUAGACUGACUCUUCCAAUGAUUCUAUUAACUAGCGACAGUGGAAAGGUCUCCAGUGACUUGUUUCUAGUUAGAAAUAAGCUUAACAUAUAUCUUUUGUGA